GCUCAGUCAACAACUCAACUCUUGUGUUGGGACUACUUGAAACAACUGAAGUUGCAUAGGAAAGGAAAUACUACACUGGGCCAGGCAGCGGAGCCUGUGCGACACAAACUUCAAGUUGGUAAACUUGGCGUUACACUUGUAGUUCUUAACUUCUAAGUUAGUGCGCGUAGGCUUCAGUGUUUAAUGUCGAAGCUAGGCGCUCAGUAAUCAUAAGGUGGGUAAGUUAGCGGGCGCGCGCUAGCCAGCUAUCUUAAGUAGCUAGCGCAACAGCUAGCUAUAUUUCCAUAGCUAGCUGGCAGAGUGAAGCGCAGAUAUGGAGUUGGACGACGGGGCUCUCUACCAGGAUGACUCGGGCAGCUCGGCGAUGAUGUCCGAGCGGGUCUCCGGUCUGGCGAGUUCCAUCUACCGAGAGUUCGAGCGUCUGAUAGGAAAGUACGAUGAGGACGUUGUGAAGGAACUAAUGCCUCUCGUUGUCGCCGUCCUGGAAAACUUGGACGCAGUGUUCGCGGAGAACCAGGAGCACGAAGUCGAGCUCGAGCUCCUGAAAGAAGACAACGAGCAACUUGUGACCCAGUACGAGCGCGAGAAGGCUCUGAGGAAAGGCGUCGAAGAGAGGUAUAUCGAGUAUGAGGACCUGCAGGACCAGGAGAGGAAGGAGCUGCAGUGCCGAGUGCUGCUGCUGGAGUCGACCAGCCGACAGACUGACAUCAAGUUCAAGAACUAUGCAGACCAGAUUGGAAGGCUGGAGGAGAGGGAAGCGGAGCUCAAGAGGGAGUACAACGCACUCCACCAGAGACACACAGAGAUGAUCCACAGCUACAUGGAGCAUCUUGAACGAACCAAAAACAUGCACCACCAGGCCAUUGAGCCGGCAGAGUCAGGACCGGUGACCAGAACACGGAAGGAGCGUCCAGUGUCGAUAGGUCUCUUCCCGUUGCCGGGUGGUGUCAACUUGACCCCUGACCUCCAGCCCAACGUGGUGGAGACGCCGGGCAACGAGAACUGGAACUACAACGACCUCAGCCACCCGCGAUCCAACACCAGCCUCAAGGAUGAGCUGUCGGACGCUAGCCCCAAACGCCGUACAAAGUCCCAAGCCACACCCAGGUCUCAAGCCACACCUUCGUCUCAAGAUACGCCUUCGUCUCAAGCUACGCCUUGGUCUCAAGCUACGCCCACUUCCUCAUCCUCGGCUGCGUCUUCCUCGGCUGCGUCUUCUGACGUUGCCAUGGCGUCAGCAGAUACGCCUCGGACAGACAGCUCAGACUCUGACUCGUGCGUGAGCAGGAACCUGGACGGCAGCUCCGGCAAGCCGGAGGGGAACAAGAAGAUCCCGGGACAGGACGACACCGAGACAGCAACGGGAAGUGGAACGGGAGCAGGAAGUGGAACAGGAGCAGGAAGUGGGACAGGAGCAGGAAGUGGAAAUCAGACGCCGUCGACAGAAGUCUUGGAGAAUGCUGAGAGGUCAGAGGUGCAAGCUAUAAUCGAGUCGACUCCAGAGCUGGACAUGGUGCUGGGUGGAUGCAAAGGAACAAGUACUCCGACCAAAGGCAUCGAGAACAUGGCGUUCGACCGCAACACCGAAUCGCUGUUCGAGGAGCUGUCCUCAGCUGGCACCGACCUCAUCGGAGAUGUGGACGAUGGGGCAGACUUGCUUGCUCGAGAAUGGGAAAGGGAUUUGUGGAAUGGGAAGUCGCACUCAUCAUCACCUCGAAGUAUGGGUCGUGAAGUGGAGCACCUUAUCCAGGAGAAUGCACAGCUGCUGGAGACCAAGAAUGCCCUGAACGUGGUGAAGAAUGACCUGAUUGCGCAGGUGGACGAGCUGGUGUGCGAACGAGAAGUCCUGCAGGGGGAGCUGGAGGUGCUGCGGACAGCCAAAGACAAUCUGGAGGACAAGAACAAGGAACUAGAGGAGGAGAUCAGGAGGGUGCGUGCGGAUUUGGAAGAGGCGAAGCUGAAGACCAAAGAAGCAGACGAUGAUAGCGAAGUGCCUACGGCCCAGAGGAAGCGGUUUACUCGUGUGGAGAUGGCCAGAGUCCUCAUGGAGAGGAACCAGUACAAGGAGAGACUCAUGGAACUGCAGGAGGCCGUCAGAUGGACAGAAAUGAUUAGGGCAUCACGGGAGAACCCAGGCAUGAGCGAGAAGAAGAGGUCCAGCAUAUGGCAGUUUUUCAGCCGUCUGUUCAGCUCCUCGUCCGGUGCGUCUGCUAAGAAGCCCGAUGCUCCGCCGGUGAAGCUGAGCUACAACGCGCCCACCUCUCAGGUGGUGCCCACCGUCAAGAAGCGCAGCAGCACCCUGGCACAGCUGCCCAGCGACAAGUCCAAAUGCUUUGACUUCCUCAGCGAAGAGCCAGAGACGGCUAACUCCCCUACGCGUCGUGAGCAGAAGAGAGCACAGUACCAGCAGGUCAAAGCCCACGUGCAGAAGGAGGACGGACGCGUACAGGCUUACGGAUGGAGCCUUCCCACCAAGUGCAAGGUGAACGGAGGUGCCAAUAAAGAGGGCCGUAUGAAGAAUCUGCCGGUUCCCGUCUACCUGAGGCCCCUGGACGAGAAGGACGCCUCCAUGAAGCUGUGGUGUGCGGCGGGUGUGAACCUGUCGGGAGGUAAGACGCGUGAUGGCGGCAGCAUCGUGGGGGCGAGCGUGUUCUACAAGGACGUGCCAGCUGAGGAGGGUGAGGACGUCAGCCUCACCAUAGUACGACGCAAGGGCUCACAGACCAGCUUAGAUCGGCUGGAGCAAGAGCUGAAGGAGCAGGAGCGUGAGCUGCGUCAGCAAGAUGAGUUGUCCAGUCUGGUGUGGAUCUGCACCAGUACGGAGGCCACCACUAAAGUCAUCGUCAUCGACGCCAACCAGCCGGGCAACAUCCUGGAGAGCUUCUUCCUCUGCAACUCUCACGUCAUGUGUAUCGCCAGCGUACCAGGUGCACGGGAGACAGACUACCCCAUGGGUGAGGACAUAUCCCAGCAGGAGGCAGCGCAGGCCAACGGGGGAGAGGGAGAGGUGGAGGUGGGGGUGGAGGACAGCUCCCUGGGGGGGUCAGGGGAGGGGGAGGGCAGUCCAGCGUCGCCCCACUCCGAAGGCUCCACGGACGGCCAGUCGUCCCUCAGCUUCUCUGGGGAGGGAGUGGUGGCCAAGGCGGUCUGCGCCAAAGACACCAACUCAGUCAUAGUGUCCCCAGAAGAGGCGACUGACGUCAUGCAGAGCAGUCUGGCGGUAGGAGGAGGAGGAGGAGGAGGAGGGGGGAAGAUAAGCCAUCCACUAGACUUCACCACCACGCCUGACACCUGCACAGAACACGUCUUCACAGACCCACUGGCCGCUCAGAACACACCUCCUGAGGUGCCAGCCUCCUACACGCAGAGAGAGAGCGACCUGGUGAAGGAUGGAGUAAGCCCCGCCCCCAGCGAGAAGGACCUGAUGAGGGAGGAAGCGGAUAAGAUGAGCAGCGUGCUGCCCACCAUGUGGCUGGGCGCCCAGAACGGAUGCGUGUACGUCCACUCUGCUGUGGCCCAGUGGAGAAAGUGCCUUCAUUCCAUUAAGCUGAAAGACUCCGUCUUAGGCAUUGUUCAUGUCAAAGGUCGUGUGCUGGUCGCUCUGGCAGACGGAACCCUAGCCAUCUUCCACAGAGGAGAGGAUGGCCAGUGGGAUUUAACCAACUACCACCUGUUAGAUCUGGGCAGACAGCAUCACUCCAUCCGCUGCAUGACCGUGGUGCACGACAAGGUGUGGUGUGGAUACCGCAACAAGAUCUACGUAGUGCAGCCAAAAGCCAUGAAGAUAGAGAAAUCGUUCGAUGCCCACCCGCGUAAGGAGAGCCAGGUGCGGCAGCUGGCCUGCGAGGGGGACGGCAUCUGGGUCUCCAUCAGGCUGGACUCCACCCUGCGCCUCUUCCACGCCCACACCUACCAACACCUGCAGGACGUGGACAUAGAGCCUUACGUCAGCAAGAUGCUGGGUACUGGUAAGCUGGGUUUCUCGUUUGUGCGCAUCACGGCCCUCAUGGUGUCGUGUAAUCGCCUCUGGGUCGGCACCGGCAACGGAGUCAUCAUAUCCAUCCCCCUCGCCGACAUGGACCACAGGGUGAGCUCGGUGUCCCAUAAGCAGCCUGGUCAGGUGAUCCGGGUCUACGGUGAGGAGAACACUGAUAAGGUGCGAGCCGGAACCCACGUCCCGUACUGCUCCAUGGCACACGCGCAGCUCUGUUUCCACGGACACCGGGACGCCGUCAAGUUCUUCUGUGCCGUCCCAGGUCAGGUGAUCCCCACUGCGUCGGGUGUUGAGGGGGGCGGGGACAAGGCGGAGGCGGGGACUCAGGAUCUCUGCAAGUCGGUCCUGAUCAUGAGUGGAGGAGAGGGGUACAUCGACUUCAGGAUGGGUGAUGAGGCUGGGGAGCAUGAGGAGCUCUCUCUAGAGAACACCUUGAAGGUGCAGCCUCACCUGGCCAAAGCCGAGCGAAGCCACCUCAUCGUCUGGCAGGUGCUGGUCGGAGACCGCUAGACAAUCCAAGCCUGCCUCUGUCUGUCUCCUGCAUCUCCACACACACACACACACACACACACACACACACACACACACACACACACACACACACACACACACACACACACACACACACACACACACACACACACACACACACACACACACACACACAGGACCUGUACAUGCCCACAAACUGGACUUGAACACACACAUACCACAGGACCUGUGCACAAUUUAUACACACAACACACACACAUACACACAUACAUUUGGACCUGAACACACACACACACACACACACACACUACGGUGUAAUGCAGUGUUAAUAUGUGUGUGCUCGUCUGCAGCUCAACUGUACUCAGCUGACAAGGAGGUCCACCCUCACCUCAUCAUAUCCACAUGGUUAUUAUUUAUUUUAUUUUAUUCUCCCCUACAAAUGGCCUCCUCUUAUCUCUCAUGUUUUUUUUAACCACAUUCAUUUCUCUUUUGUUUUAAAACAUUUUAAUUUGAUUCAUUAAUUAUUAUUAGUGUUGUUAUUAUUAUUUUAUCUAUAUUCUUCCAUUUGCUUAUUUUAUUUUAUUUCGUUUCAUUUUAUUUCAUUUUAUGUUUUUCUCUCACCAAAAAAAAUAUUUGGUGUUGACAUUUUGUUGCUGGAACUCAUGUCCAUCCCUGUAUGGCAGUACUCUUGUAUACAGGAGGGACUAUAGUGUGGCUUCAGGACAAACCAGGAAACAAGACCCUCCUGCCCUCUACGGAUCCAUUGGUUUGCAUCUCUUCUGGCCUCUCAGGAUCCAUUGGUUUGCAUCCUUGACUCAAUCAGUAGUUCAUGUGGUCAAGGCCCACACAAAGACUCUCUAGCGCCCACCCCAGGACCUAGCACGGUUGGGGGGGCAGGGGUGGUCAUUGGUUCACAUCUUUGACAUCAGUCGUCCAUGUGGGUGGUGCCAUUCUCCAGGUCAUGGGUUUGUUUUAUUAACUCAUCAGGACUGCCGUUUUGUCUAUGAUCCUCUGACAAAAGAUGGCAGCGUUUUAUCUCAUUCAUUUACUGUAACUGACAUUGACAACGGGUUCAACAAAGACGUUUUUAUUUUCCUGUUAUGGAGAGUUAGUGCAGUUGGAGGAGUAUUGGUCUCAACCACUGACCUAGAUAUAUGGAUUGCUGGCUUCUACAAAAAUCCAUUCAACGAUUUUGAAGCAUCUGCAAUUGAUCCGUGAGAACACUUUCGCCCCAAUUUUCCGGAAGUGUACCUUGGCAACGUUGAGAAUAAGCGCUGAUACCGCUGACUGUCAAUCAAAAGAAUUAAAAAAUAAUUCUAAAACAACCCAAUUAAUAGCUCUCUAAAAUAAAGGGUCAGCCCAAAAAUAAUAUUUGGAUCGUUUGAAACGGAUGGGAAGCUACUGUUCAAGCAAAACGGAGUAGACUCAGCAAGAGUUUUAAAGGAAAUGCAUUGUUUCAAGUCUCCCAUAGAGAUGAAUGGGAAAUGGCGCUAUACUUCCUUGUUCUGCCCAAAAAUUGUGUCAUGUCCCGCUCCUGGCCGUUGAUUAACUUUUGAAUCGAACGUUCGCUCUCCAUAUAUCUACAGUAGGUCAGUGGUCUCCACACUAUCAUGACUAUUGGUCAGCACAUGGUGAUGAUGCUGGCAGCCAAAGCUGGGAGCGUCUAUCUGUGUGCUCCUGAAGCUGCUGACCUUGUUGGGUACAUCAUUUUUGUCGCUUUUCCGUUAUUUUGGACCUUUGAUGUGUGUGAACUAAAAAAAACACACACACACACAAGCACCUUUUCUCAAGGAACAGCGACUACAAACAGACAUUCAAUUUAACAAGGAAGCAAAUAAUGAGCAAAUGAAGCAAAUUCAUUCUCUGGUUGCUUUUGAGAUCAUUACAAAGCUACAGUGCAGUACGGCACUGGUCACUCCCAGAGGAGAUGUUGCCCCAGUGCUCACUAUCAAGCUGGCUCUGACAUUCUCACUCGAUCACUACAUAGUGCAUUAUGUGUGGAGCACAGCUAUGCAGCUUGCACCCCAAGUA